CCCAUCUCCUUCAGUUCUUCUCUUCCUCUCCUUCCCCCUCUAUCUUCAGCCAGACCUGGGGUCUGUACCAGAAGAGGCAACUUGGAACGUCUACUCUGUCCUUUCUCUGUAUUCUUCAGACCCAGAAGAGGACUGGUCACCUGGGCAAAUGUGGUAAAUGUGCACCUUCCUCACCAAGGUGAGCAGGGUGUGCUUGCUGGCUACAGGGAAGUGUGCCAGGCAUAAAAGGAACCGUUUCUCUCAUUUUCUUCCUCCCUGAUCUUAAACUGCCUUCUGCUCACUAAAUGACAGUACAGAAAUGCUAUUUUCAUAUCAUGGUUCUUUAAGUGGAAAAGUUUAUCCAUGAAUUUAUGCAAAUGAGCAGAAAGUCCCAAAGAGACCUGAGAAUUGAUUAUUCUGCUUUUUCUUGAGCCCAGGAAGCUACUGGGGACAGAAUGACACCUGCUGAAAACAGGGACUAUAUGUGUUUGGGACAACAGGAAGUAGUGACCAGCCAGAAGCCCGUCCUGACCUGAUUACAAAUCUGGUUAUAAAAGAAAGCAGCUGGAAAGAAAUUUGCAUGUCCAAUAGGUUUCACUAUUAAAGUUUACACAACGUGGAGUAAUCAGCCAAGCUGGCUGGCUACCCAGAUCACAUGAUUGUGUAGAAACAUGAAACUUGACUAUGUGCUCGAGCAAGUUUUACUUCUCCCUACUGUAGGGUGUCUGCCAGCAGCCGGCACUCUCUCGGAAAUCAGACUCAAGUGACUGGGACCCUUGAGAUCAAAGGCUUACCAUGCUACUCCCUAGGAGGGCCAGUGACUGCUGACCUUACCACUGACGGUUAUUCGUGGCUCUUAUAAUUAACAAAAAGAAUGGACAAGCUUAACAAAAUAACUGUCCCUGCCAGUCAGAAGUUGAGGCAACUUCAAAAGAUGGUCCAUGACAUCAAGAACAAUGAAGGUGGAAUAAUGAACAAGAUCAAAAAGCUGAAAGUCAAAGCACCUCCAAGUGUUCCUCAAAGGGACUAUGCCUCAGAAGACCUUGCUGACGAAGAGGAGCAGUGGUCAGAUGACUUUACACACAGAGUUUCAGCCACCCUUCCUGUUAAAUGGUCCACAUGCUCCCCCAGGAUAGUGGUUCAGGACAGCGACUAUGAACACCCAGACGAGCACUCGGACUCGGAGAUGUACGUGCUCCCCGCGGAAGAGACUGGGGACGACAGUUAUGAGCCGCCGCCCGCGGAGCAGGAGACGAGAACCGUUCACCCAGCCCUGCCCUUCACCAGGGGCGACUACAUAGACAAUCGAUCAAGCCAGAGGCAGUCUCCGCCCUUCAGCAAGACACUUCCAAGUAAGCCCAACUGGCCUUCGGCAAAGACAAGGCUGACCUCCACUCUGCCGGCCCUGACUUCUCUUCAGAAACCUCAAGUCCCACCCAAACCCAAAGACCUUGAGGAUGAGGCUGAUUAUGUGGUUCCUCUGGAGGAUGAAGACGAAAACUACAUUCAUCCCACAGAAAGCAGUUCACUCCCAGCUGAAAAAGCUCCCACGGUGAAUAGAUCUACGAAACCAAAUAACGCAUCAAAGCCAGCCUCUCCUCCUGGGACAGCGUCAGGUCGUAACAGCGGGGCCUGGGACGCCAAGUCACCUUCUCCUGCUGCGCCGUCCCCAAUGCCCCGGGCCGGGAAAAAACCAGCUACCCCACUGAAGACAACUCCACUUACACCUCAACAGAACGCUUCAGCUGUUUGUGAAGAAAAACCCAUACCUGCUGAACGCCACCGAGCAUCUAGUCACAGACAAGAAAAUAUGCAGUCAUCAGUGUUUCCUCCUGCCCAGAAACAAAUCCAUCACAAACCUGUACCUCUGCCAAGAUUUCCAGAAGGGGGAAGCCCAGCUGUGGAUGGCCAGUUUUCAUCUAACCCUCAUUUGUCAGAACAGGAAGCUGACAUCCACUGCAAGCCGUGGUAUGCCGGUGCCUGCGAUCGAAAGUCUGCUGAAGAGGCUUUAUACAGAUCAAACAAGGAUGGAUCAUUUCUUAUUCGGAAAAGCUCCGGCCAUGAUUCCAAACAGCCAUAUACACUAGUUGUAUUCUUUAAUAAGCGAGUAUAUAAUAUCCCUGUGCGAUUUAUCGAAGCAACAAAGCAGUAUGCUUUGGGCAGGAAGAAAACUGGUGAAGAGUACUUUGGAAGUGUUGCUGAAAUUAUCAAGAAUCAUCAACAUAGGCCUCUGGUUCUUAUCGACAAUCAGAAUAAUACAAAAGAUUGGACAAGAUUGAAAUAUGCAGUUAAAGUUUCAUAGAUUUCUUGAAAAAGGUCAACAUCAUUGCUUCAGACAUUUUCCUUAUUUCUACUUUUUGAGAAAAAGCCCCAAAACUUCAUAUUUUGGAUUAUGAACCAUCCACUAAUAAGAUAGAAGAUGGAGGCAGCUAUUGAGGUGGUCACCCAUAUCUUCAUAAGAAGCUCACACAGACUUGUUCUACUGUCUGACCUGAUGAACUGUGAAUAUUUGGUGAGGUUGCGUUAUCAUGCUACUAAAAUUCUCUAAAUAAAUGUCUUUAUUUAAAAGAAA